AUUGACGUCGACUUUUAUCUGACGAGAGAAUCGCGACUGACGCAUCAUUUUCAUUCCUGUCUGUAAACAACAAACACGGACGAAAGUUAUUAUGCCUCAACUAAUAACUUAUGAUCACGUCAAUACUGAACUACACAGCAGCCUCUGAUCUGAGAUCCUCAGCAGUUAAAGGCAGAUAGUAGUUCUAUGUGUAAGUGUGAGUGUAAACUGAAGGAGUUGUGUCCCGCAGAGGUUUAAUCCAGAAUGCUGGAGACUGUGACUCAUGGGGGAAGUUCGCUCCAUUUUGCCAACACCAGUGUGUUUCCCACCGUGGACAACAGCUCUGACUUCAACCCUGACCAUGAGCACAACAUCACCAAACCACACAAAUGCCUGCAGAUCCUGUACGAUGACAUCGGACACUCCAGGGUUCGUUACUGGGACGUGAUGCUGCUCGUCCCAAACGUGGCCUUCCUCUUCUUCCUGAUCUGGAAGCUCCCUUCUGCUCGUGCUAAGAUCCGUCUGACCUCCAGCCCCAUAUUCGUGGCCUUUUAUAUCCUGGUGUUCGUGGUGGCGGCUGUAGGAAUCACUCGUGCCAUCGUCUCCAUGACCGUCAGCACAUCCAGCGCCGCCACACUCAUAGACAAGGUGCUUUGGGAAAUUACACGCUUCUUUUUAUUGGCUAUUGAGCUCAGCGUCAUCAUACUCGGACUGGCUUUUGGUCAUCUGGAGAGCAAGUCCAGCAUCAAGCGUGUGUUGGCCAUCACUGCGGUCCUGGCUCUGGGAUACUCCAUCACACAGGGGACUCUAGAGAUCCGUUUCCCGGACAAACAUCUCUCCGCUAAAGACUUCAACAUCUACGGUCACGGCGGGAGACACUUCUGGUUGGCCAGCUCCUGUUUCUUUUUCUUGGUGUAUUCCCUGAUAGUCAUCCUUCCUAAAACUCCAGUCAGGGAGCGGAUCUCGUUGCCAUCCAAGAGAGGUUUUUACGUGUACGCUGCAAUCCUGUCGCUGCUGAAUCUGGUUCAGGGUUUGGGAAGCGCUCUGCUGUGUGCCGACAUCAUCGAAGGCCUGUGCUGUGUGGAUGUGACCACAUUCCUGUACUUUUCCGUCUUUGCUCCUCUGAUCUACGUGACGUUCCUCAAAGGAUUCUUCGGUUCGGAGCCCAAGAUCCUCUUCUCCUACAAGUCCCAAAUCGAUGAGCCGGAAGACUCGGAUGUUCAUCUUCCCAACACCUCGUCCUCGGGCCUGGGCCGGAAGGAUCUGGACCACGGCUCGUACUCCAGCACACAGAUCGACGGCUCCGGAUCGUAUCUGGACGACGUGGUGUCGGGGCCCUACAGCGGAGCACACAGCAUCAACAGCAUCGACUCGGACCGCUGGAGGGCCCUCAACGCCUGAACACACACACACACACACACACACACACUUGAGCUCAGUCUGUCAUGUGCGGCCAUGAAUCUCACAUUCCUUGUAAAACACCAGUGCUCUUAAUUCUACAUCCGUGCACUCGGAGCUGAACCCAGGGCAGGUUUAUUGGACUUUGUGAUGUGUGUAAUCCAAUAGAUUUCUGCUGAAACCGUAAACAAUCGCUGUUAGCUUAUCUCUAGGUGAUUUCAGACUAGUUUCUGAGUUAUGCUACUGAUACCGGCGAAACGUUUGCUUCUAUUUUGACGCUUGUGUAUAUUUUGCACUGAUUUGGCUCAUUUGCUUUGCUAAUUUGAAAGCUUAGGGGUGCUGAAAUACUUUCAUGUGGACCGAGCGUACAUCUAGACAUCCGUAAAAGUAUUUAUUUCUUAGUGCUAUGUCGUAGGUUUGAAAGUAUGAUUUUUUUUUUUGGAUUUUUAUUUAUUUUUAGUUAUCUGAUGAAUUUUAGGCUUGGGCUCAGUUCUUAAAGUGACCGCUUAUAUUGCGAUCUUGACCUUUGUCCAUCUUUCUUAUUGAUAAUGAAAAUGGAACCGGCUCAAGUCAGGUUUGUCGUAAUGUCGUGAAGAAAAAGGACCAAACUUGCAAAAAGCAUUUGAACUGCUUUGUUUUAUUUGAUGUUGAAGUUAAUUACAACACAACUAUUUUUGGUGCACAGAAAAAAAGAAAAUCUAUUAAAUUUGGCCUGAGUAAAAUGCUUGUUUCUUAUUGCUUAUUUCUCUCAUUGCUCUUUAAAUAUGAGUUGAACAUGAAGAGAUGUUUCAUUAUUAAACUGUUCCUGUGUAGAGAUGUGUGUGAAUGCUUUGCUAUGGUUUUAUGAACAGUGGAUUUUAAGUCUAAUUAAUUGUGGAGUUUUAAUUUGAAUUAAUUUAACGCCACUGUAAAUUAGUUGUGAUAUAAUCUGAAAUGCAAUGCAAAAUUUUUAUUUUGCUCAUAA